AUGGUGGCGGCAGGGUUUACGACUGAGGAUGGAGUCGAUGAGGUUGAGGGGAGUCAAAGGUGGCAGCGGUAUUGGAGGUUCCUAGCAAGGCUCCACAGAGAGAGAGAGAGAGAGAGCCCCACCGGCAAUUCAAGAAUCUCCACCGCCUCCUCCGCCCUCUACUCCGACAACCAGUCCCUAAUCGCCGAGAUUAGAAAAUCCAUCAACAUAUUCAAGACCAUCGCCGUCGAUCUCGAGAAGAACGAGAAGACCGACAAAGUGAAGCAGUUGGAAGAGGGCGUUCUUGAGCUCCUGGAGACCUACGAUGAUUGCGCUCGAUUCUCUGACGCGAUCAAAUCGAUGGGAGAAUCUUAUCAACCUUCUGACGAGCCUACUGAUUUUAGGAAGGUGUUGGAGGACGAGGUGGCGAAGCUGAAGGCGGCAUCGCCUUCUGUUCCGGCUAGCAAUCCCUUGUACCGGAAUUUCAAAGAAGCUGUUUGGAGUGUUCAUCAUGCAGGUCAACCCAUGCCCGGAGAGGAACAGGAAGAUAUAAUAAUGACUAGUACACAAAACAAUAUCUUAAACAUCAUGUGCCCAAUAACUGGAAAGCCAGUCAUCGAACUCCAAGAUCCAGUUCGCUGCAUGGAUUGCAAACAUAUUUAUGAGAAAGGUGCAAUUAUGCAGUAUAUAAGAAAGAAAAAGCCGCAGCCAACAUGCCCUAUUGGAGGCUGCCCCAGAAUUUUGCAAGCAGCAAGAAUUGUCUGUGAUCCCGAACUACUUGUUGAAAUAGAGGAGAUGCGUGCAACGUAUAACACUGAGGUGCAUGCCACUGCAGUAGAGGAUUUCACUGUAAUUGAUGAUGAAUGAGAUGUUUUGCUCAAAUUGGAUUAGUUAUCUUACUCCCCUGUAGAAAUGAUAACACACAACUUCUAUAAGCAUUCAUGUCAUCCUUAGUGACAAUCCUUUGACAUGAUCCUAUGCGUUUUGUAUUUAGCUGAUUUAUCUUACUUGAUAUUGAAGCAUAAUAUUGGUUGUUCUAUCUAAUUAAUACCUAACUAUUUCACUUCAACGAGAGGAUUUUUUUUU